GCACCAGACCUGAAGGAUCUCGGGGGAGCCCUUCGAGGCCGCGCGGAUAUUGGAGCAGAGGUGGAAAUAGUCGUGGUGUUGGGGCAGGGUUCUGGAGCUGUUGUGCUGAUGUGGGCCGGGGGUACGGUGAACCCGUUUUUUUCGGCCCUGAGCCGCGCGAGGCAGGGGAGGUUCGACGACUGCAUCGACCUCUGCACCGAGCUCCUGGAGGAGAACCCGCGUGACCAGGCGGCGUGGUUCCUCAAGUGCCGGGCGCUCACGCGCAAGCAGUGGAUGGACGACGUGGAGAUCGACGAGGAGGGGAUCGCGGACAUCCUGAUGGACGACAACGCCGUGGCGCAGGCGCCACGGCCUGGGACGUCUCUGAGCCGGCCCCUCGCCAAGGUCCAGGAGGGCGGCGCGCCCUCGCAGGUGGUGCGGCCCGUGAGCGCCGCCGGGCGGCCGGUGACCGGCUUCGCGAGGCCAGGGAACAACAGGCCCACGAGCUCCGCAGCGGGGCGCGACGUCACCACGGCGAUGCAGGGGAAUCGCCCGGGGACUUCCCGCCCGCUGACGUCGAUGGGCCGCCUGGUGCGGCUGGGCACUGCGUCGAUGCAGCACGACGACGGCGGCGAGUUCGUGCGGCUCGAGACGCUGGACCUGAAAAAGUAUGCGCAGCGCCCUGCCAUCGCCAAGGCGCUCUGCGACUACAUGCUGUACUACGCGCGCAACCCCCGGAAGGCGCUGGAGCUCGCAUCAGAAGCGACGCAGGCGUCGGACUUCAGCGAUUGGUGGUGGAAAGCGCGCCUUGGCAAGGCGUACUACCAGCUAGGACUGUUGCGGGACGCCGAAAAGCAGCUGAAGAGCGCCCUCAGAGACGAGGAUAUCGUGACUACUCAGCUGGAGCUGUGCAAGGUCUACCUCAAGCUGGACCAGCCCAACACCGCACUGGACCAGUACAACCGGGCAUCGGAAAAGUGGGUUGGGGACACGCACCUGCUAGUCGGCAUUGCGCGGACCUGGGACAUGUUGAACGCCCUGCUCAGGGGCGUGCAGUUCUACAAACAGGUGCUCCACUACGACUCGGUCAACGUGGAGGCAAUAGCAUGCAUGGCGUCACACCAUUUCUACACCGACCAGCCAGAGCUGGCGCUGCGCUUCUACCGGCGGCUCUUGCAGAACGGAGUCGCGAAUUCGGAGUUGUGGAACAACAUGGGGCUCUGUUGCUUUUACGCGGGGCAAUACGAUUUGACCCUGAGCUGCUUUGAGAGGGCGUUGAUGUUGGCGGACGACGACAACAUGGCCGAGGUCUGGUACAACAUCGGCCAGGUUGCCAUCGGCGUCGGGGAUGUAGGCCUGGCGUACCAGGCGUUCAAGAUCGCCGUGUCUGUAGACCCCAACCAUGCGGAGAGCUACAGCAACCUUGGGGUCCUGGAGCUCAGGAAGAACAACGUCGAGCAGGCGCAGGCGCACUUCCACACCGCGAUGCGCCUCGGCCCCCACCUGUUCGAGCCCGCCUUCAACGGCGGGCUGCUGGCCUUCAAGCUGGGCGACUUCCAGGAGAGCUAUGAGCUGGCGCACAGGGCCCUGGAGGCAUACCCGGACCACCUCGACAGCAAGGAGCUGAUCAAGCAGCUGAAGUCAGCCGUCCCUCUCGCGGGGGCGAGCGCGAGUUAUGUGCCGCGCCUCGCGGAAGGCGAGAGCUCGGAGCUGCGGCACAGGAGGCCCGCUGCCGUGGGUAUCGCGGACGGCUGGCACCUCGCGGCGUCGGCCUCCGCGGCCCUGCGGGUCGUGGGCGACAGGCAAGGCUGGCCGGCCGAGAACCGGCGCCUGCUCCCGUCCAGCUGCGCCGCCUUCUUCCCUGCUGCGGACGCGGGCCUGGUGCUGAGCUCUGCUCUGCACAUACGCCGUGGCUCUGAUGUCCGGGAGAACGGCCAUGCUGCAGCGCGCACGGAGGAGGUAGAGGCCUUGUGCACGAUGCUGCUGGACAUGGUUCGGUGCGGCACGGAUCCGCGCACUUGUCACGCAGCGUACACUAUGCUGGCGAGGAGCGUCGCGAGAAGGCUGGAUUAUGACAUGCGUUUGUGCCCUCCGUGGGCACUAGGGUCAGCCUUGCAACGCGCUUCGGUGGCAGUGCACGGGGUCAUGCAGGCCCUCGCUGUGCAGCCUCUCUGCCAGGACCAUGCUGCCGUCGCGGGUGUGCACACCUUCUUCGGCGGCCUGCGCGCUCAGACGGCUGAUCUGCAGCACGCCCGGGUGGCUUUGUGGGCACGCCAUGUCUCGGUGGAGGCCGACGCGAUUGCCGUUGCCGCCCGCUUCGGCCGCCUUGUCGCCAGUCCCCACCCUGACGCGCCCUUGGCCGCCCAGGCUCGCGACGAGGUGGCCGUCGCAGGCCCAGGGUGCGUCGAGUUCACGGCGGAGGCCUGGGUCGAGCCCCCUUGGGCGGCCGAGCUCCCGACAGAGGCAGUCUUCGACUUCUACGCGGAGGCCGACGACGUCCCUGGAGCCCAUCUGCCGCUCCUGCAGGCCAGCCAGGACUACGAGGGCACGUGGGCGGGCGCGUACGGCAGGCCCCUGGAUGUCUCGGGCCUUCACGCACUCCACUGCCCAGUGGGGCCACACCGCAUCCAGCUGCACAACGAGAUCGUGCGGGCCAUCUCGGACUGGAUUUCUGCCCGCGGCGGGUUCGCCGACAUGGAGCGCUGCGCGCUGGAGCUGCGCAGGGAGGCGGGUGGUAAGAUCACCGCAGCGCGGCUCGACCUCGUCGUUAGUUGGCCGGGCUUGCCUGCGCCGACGCGUGUGGACGUCACCGCGCGUUCGCACGGCGAGUCAGUCCCAGCAGCGCGCGCCAUCGGCCACGAGGCCCGCGACGCAGAGAAGCGCAAGAAGGACCAGCACGGCGAGGUGGUCGUCCAGUUCGCGGUGGUGACCGAGGGCAGGGUCUCCGCCGCCCUCACGUCGCGCCUCAGCGAGCUACUGGCGGCCGCGCAGGCUCCC